CACACCGUAGCGUACGAUGUAGAAGCAUUAAGCAGUAUUAAAUACCUGGUUAAAUAGGAACACUUUUUAAAUAUAGUUUAACAGUUUGAUUAGAGUAAUAUUCAAUAUUGGAAACAGCAAGUGAGAAAAUUAAUAGUCAAAGAUUAAAGACACACCAUUCUUCAUUUUAAAACUGCAAAGGAGACAACCUAUAAAGGCUGCAAAUUUUAAUUAGUGUCUGAUAAGUUAAUUUUGUAUGACCUUUGACUUCAAAUAUUGUAACCCAGUUUAAGUACUUAAUUGAAAAGUGUACCGUCAAAGCGUACAGGAACAGAAGAAAAGAGGUCUUGAACAAGACAGUGAAAAUUUUACAGAGACAAUAGUUUGAAACAUUAAAAUUAAUUUUGAUUAUUUCAAAAGCUACACUAUGGGUUUCGUUCGUGCAGUGAAAUGCAUUAUUUUUACCUUCCAAAUAGUAUUGUUAUCGGAUAUUUUAGCAGCUCGUCUUUCAUACCAAGACGAACAAGGAUGGCGGUUCAAGCCGAUCUAUUACAACCGAGAAGAAUUGCAGUUGAACUAUACCCGAUAUAAAUUACACAACACAUCUUUGAAUAUUUCAUUUCAUGCCCUUAACAGGGAGUAUACCUUGCAUUUACAUGAAACUCAUCCAUCCAACAUAGAACCCACAGUCCAUGAGAAUCACACGAAAUCCACUUCGUUAGAGGCAUCAGUACUUGUUGGACAAGUGACUGGACUGCAGGACAGUCUUGUUACUUGCGCCGUUCAUAAUGGAGUUUUUCAGGGUAUUAUUUCAUCAAAAGGGCAGGACACAUUUUACAUCCUUCCAACAUCCUGGGUUCUCAAAAGCCCAGCCAUCUUUUGGUCUGUGAUAUACUCAGAACAUGACUUUAAAAGGGAUUUGUCAUUACAUCGGAUCAUCAGAAACCAUUACAAAUCAUUUAUAUCAUUACAGCAAACUCAUGAAGGUAGAAAGCUUACAUUAUCACGCCAACUAAGCAUGACUCGAGAAAGGAGGUCAAUCCCAGAAGGAACAAGGAAUAAAUUUACGGAAAACAGUUUGAAGAAGCGGGUCUGCACAAUCAAAUUUACAACUGACCCGUUCGUUUGGAGGCAUGUCAUGGACAAACAUGGACAGAAUAAGAUACGAGCCGUGAAUGAAAUCCAUUACAUGAUUAGGGACCAUAUGAAAGUGCUUAAUAACAUAUUUGAAGAAACAAAGUUCACCGUCAAUAAUGGAACACCUGAUGAGUUUACAAUCAAUGGUUUCCAGUUCGAAGUAGGGGAAAUUGUGAUUUGGGAUGAACGCCACUGUGACGAUAAAACAAAUGUAUGUACCGAGAUAUCAACACCUAGGGAUCUUCUGGAUGGCUUUCUUGUAACACAAUAUGACCAUAAGUUAGAUUACGACUACGAUAAUGAGUAUCCCGACUACAACUUUACUGACCUCGAUUACAACGCAAAUACAGAGAAUUACAAUAACCAGGAUGACAAGGACUAUUUAGAAGUUGGAGAGUUGACAUCGAAUACCCAAAAUCAACAAAACUGCCUUUCCGUUGUGUUCACUGCUCGUUCUAUUACCCACGAUUUAACACCGGGGCCGAUAUACGGGCUAGCUUAUUCACCCAACGAAGAACACCAAGAAACUGGUAUUUGCAGUUCAGCAAAUGUUGCCUUUGUCAACCUUUAUGUCAGCGAAGAAGUCCCAUAUCAGCCCAACACAAGGACAAAACUGGUGUUUGCUCACGAAGUUGCCCACGCAUUUGGCGCACCGCAUGAUAAUGAUAAAUCUGUGUGCGGUGAAUAUUCAGUCCUAAUUGAACCGGAUGAAGGCUACUUUCUGAUGCACGAAGUGGCAGUGACAGGUGACCUGGAAAACAAUUUUAAGUUUUCCAAUUGCAGCUUAAAUACAAUUGGUACUGUUUUAACCAGAAAAUCGUCAAUAUCAUGUUUCAUAGAACAUAGAACUUCAAUUUGCGGUAACGGCAUUGUUGAAGAAGGGGAACAAUGUGACUGUGGUUCCAGAUGUCACCUUGACAACUGUUGUCAUCGCAGGGGAACUGAACACGAAUGCUCUCUGAAAAAAGAUGCACAAUGCAGUCCAAGCCAAGGCCCGUGCUGUAGUGGUGAUACAUGUCGUUACUACAAGCAAUCGGAGAACAUGGUUUGCGAACACGCUGCAUCUUGUGUUGACACAUUGUACUGCAAUGGUGACAGCGCCACAUGUCCUGUGCCGUCCGAAAGUCAGAUAAGUCCUGACAAUACAACUUGUACAACAGACAAUGCUAGAGUUGGCGUGUGUCACUUAGGGAAUUGUAAAAGAUCGGUGUGUAGCUUGAUUGGAUGGCAAGAGUGUGAACUGACGAACGGCGCAGCAACGUUGACUCCAAAGGAAGAAGAAGAAUUAUGUUUUGUCGGAUGCCAAAAAACAAAAGCAUCGCCAUGUAUCAGCACUCAUGACGGUAUCGCACUUGCGCAGUAUCCAGAGCUAAACAACUUAUUGAAAAUAAUUGCUGAGCGUGAUCAAUGGCAGGAGGCAAGCAUUCGUUUACCAGUCGGUACACCAUGUAACCGUAUGACGGGAUACUGCGAUGUAUUCCAACGUUGUCGAGGAGUGGACCCCGACACACCUCUCACCCAGUUGAAGAACUGCUUCAAAAAAGGAGGAAAAUGUGCAUCGCUGUUUGUUGACUUUUUAUCGAGUAAAGGUGGUGUCUUCACACUGGCAACUGUGACUGGUAUCCUGUUGACCAUUGCUUUUGUGAAGUGUUUUACAGUCCACACCAAGGGCAGACACCUACACCAUAAAGUCAAAACUUCACACAGAUCUGUCCGUGAGUCGGUCACCAAUGUAAGACAUUCAGUAGGACAUAUGGCCGAGUCAGUCAGACUGUCAGUGACUGAUAUGAGGAAAUCAAUUAGAAACUCAUUAUUUUCGAGACAAAACAGUCUCGUUGAUCAAGAAUUAGAAAGACUAAGCCAAGAGUCAGAUAACGUGUUCGAACCGUGAACGUGGCAAUAUGAAACACAAUGUGCUUUACUCAGUAGUUUGUGAUGAUUGUAUCAUAUUUCACGUCUUAAAUCUUGUGAUAAAAGGUGGUGUACAGUGUAAGAAUUCCAGCCUGUAUAUGACGACCAAAGUUGUAAACAUAUAAACGCUAUUCAGCUGACCAAAGACAUGUUUAUGUAUGCUAUUUUACUAAUUAAUCCUCACUUGCUUUUAACCCUUGUUAUUGGUGUUCUAAAUAUUAUACAGGAUAAAGCAUAAUGCCAGCUUUGUCUCUAUCGCAUUUUAAGAUGCAAAAUCAGUUUAAAAUACUCAUACUUACUGCAGAUAAACUUAUUACCAGUAUUAUACUUUAUUUUUGUUUCCUUUUUGAUUAUAUUUAUGCUUUUGAUUUUCUUUAUUAUCCAAUUUAGAGUAAGAGGAAGUUGCUCCCUUGCAUUGGUAUAUAAUGUUUAUAUAUAUAUGUAUAUGUAUUUUUUUGCAUAAUUUGUCGAAAAACAACACAUAUGGCAUCUAUGUUAAAUGAGUUCCAACAUGUAGGGCUUUUUGCAUUAUUAUGCAUUUAUCGCUUAUUUUAUAUUAAGCAUGUCUUUAUGUACAAGCCAAAUAGUGUUUCUAGUCGAGUAUUUCGAAUAUGUGAUGCAGGUGUUUUGCCUAUUUAAGAUGUAUGUACAUAUUCGUGAUAUAUUUGAACAAUCCGUGUACAUUUACCUUUUCUUGCAUUAUAAAUUAUAAUGCCUUGAUAAAACAUACAUGAAAAUAUAAGAUAAACAAUUUUGUUUAUUAACAAAAUCACUUUACAUAAUAUACAUUAACAGCCAAAAUCAAAUGUUUAUACUUUGUUUGAUAUAUAUUUUAUAAUAAAACAUAGAAAAUA